AUGCUCCAGGCUGUGUGCUGUAGUAAAACAGGUGUCCAGCGGUCGCUCCGGUCCCCGCAGCAAAAACAACGAGAGAUUCCCCCCAGAAUAACGUCAAAUAACGUCAAAAAGCUUCAACUCCCAGGCGCGCGAUCCGGCUCCGUGUCCGACUGGAGUGCGUUGAUCAGCGGCAUGGUCACAGGCGUCAGCAGCCCCCCCGUAGGGCGCGUGUCCAAGCGCGUGUCCAAGCGCGUGCGGGCGCAGACGGGGACGCGCUUCUACCGCACUGCCGCACCACAGGCUGACGCUACGGCGAGCCAAGGUUAG